AUGGUUACAGAGCGGAAACCUUUCGUGUCUACUGUGCGGACCGGUUAUUAUCAACCUCCAUUGUGUUGCGACAAUAAUCAGGAACGCCGCGAAAACAGGUGUAGAUGUCCUUGCAGAUAUCCUCGAAAAGGUGAAGUAUUACUGGAAAUCGAGCGCUUACAGGUGGAGACUCAAAAUCAAAACGAUGUCAUUGAAGCAUACAAAAAGCAGAUAGAUUAUCGAGAUCGGGAAAUUCAAAGAUUAGGUGCCUUAUUAGCCGGUGGACGGCCAGCUGCAGCUUUAGCUAAGGAUUGUUGCUAUAAAAAUAUCAGUACACUUUCAAUAGACGUAGAAAAAUUACAAUCAGAGAAAAUGACAAUUCAAAACCAGCUUCAAGAAGUACUUGACAGUCAACAAAAUGCCUCAAAAAAAAUUCAAAAGCUUUCGGAACGUAAUCGAUUGUUGGAACAAGAGUUAAAAGAGAUUGAAAAUGUGGCACUCAACGUAGAGUCUGAAGCAAAUUUGAACAUAUUAGAUCGGGAUAAACAAAAUUCCGAUUUACGUUUAAAACUGCAGCAAUCAAACAUAAGAAUCAAAGAGUUGGAAACAUUGUUGGAAGUGAAAUCCUUGCAGACAGGUCCCUCAAGUUCAUCAGCUUCGUUAGGGUCUGCUGAUUUCACUUUGAAUACUGCUUUAAAACAAUCGAGUGAAGAAAAACGUGUUUUAUACACACAGUUGAACGAACUUCGUCAGAGGGAGCAAACGUUACUGUGCGAUUAUGAAAAACUCAAAAACAAAUAUUGGAAAACUAAACUGAAGCUUUCGAAUAACCAUGAGGAAGUUCAACACGAUUCGAGUAGGUGGAAGGAUAAAUUUGCUGCUCUGGAAGAAUCGCAUAAAACAAUGAAAUCCGAACUUGAUUUUUUAAGCGAUGAAAAUAAGCAGUUGCGCGAAUCACUGUUGAGACUUCAACGAAAUUUCACCGAAAAAGAUAUGAAAAUUUCUCAAUUAGAAAGUGAGCUUAGUUUAAGCAAGAAAGGCCUCAAUUGCGGUGGCCGUUUAAAAACUGCAGAUUCAGCAACUUCCGCUCAAUCUUCAUUAUCUGUGCAGUCAGCUUUCCAUCGAGUGGAACGAGAAAGAGAUGCUGCUAAACGGGAAGUACAACAACUGGAAAUUGAAAGGAACUCGCUACGCGACAAAUUAAAACUUGCCACAAAAAGCCAACAGGAAGAAAAAGCAAAGCACGAGGAAGUUAUUUUAGGAUAUAGUGCUCAAAUUGCGAAUUUAGAAGCUGAAAAACGUGAUCUUCUUUGUGGUCAAAAUUCUUCGCAUACAACAGUACAGCUCGUGCGGGAAGAAAACCAGGACUUGAAAAAACGGUUGAAAGAAAGUGAAGACAAUUUCAGUAAGCUCAAAACAAGUCACUCGCAGCUGAAGAUUUUGCAAGAUCAAACCGAACGCGCUCUGACACAGCAACAAAGCCGUUUGCUGUGUUCCGAAAAUCAAUUAGAUAGUGCGGAGGCAAAAUUGUGCGAAGUUGAUGGAACUAUAGAAAAUGCGCAUAAGGAUAUUAGUAAACUGAGAGGAGACAUCAAGAUUUUGAAGGCUUCAAACGCUUCAUUGCAGCACGAAAACGAUAAAUUAUUGGCAGAACUAGAUAAAAAGACCGAAAAAUUGUUUGUCAUUGAGGCUGAACUGAGCAACUAUAAAACAGAGCGAUCAGGGAUGAGAGAUACAAUCAAUCGGCUUCAAAAGAAACUCGAGUAAGUGUUUUUUUGGUAAUG